AAAAUUAAUUGAAAUAUUAGACUUCAGUUUAAAGUUUUACUUGAACGUGUAUAGAUAAAACGUGAAUUAACUUCACGCAGUAAUUUAAUAAAGUUAAAGAAAAAAAACAAAAAAAAAACCGGAAAAAUUGUAAAGAUGCCGUGCAAAGGAUGCGGAGAUGAUUGCAAAUGCACCGAUACAAAAUGUGGUGAUAACUGCAAAUGUGAUCAAGGAUGUGAAUGUGCAUGCAAAUCUGGUAAAAAAUCUGGAUGUUGUCCUGCUGCACCAGCAACUGAUAAAAAAUAAAUUUAAUAUAAUUAUAUUAUAUAAAUAUACCUAACACCAUUUUAUUAAAAUAUUAUGUAAUUAAGUGUAUAAUAUGUAAUAAGAAAAGUGCAUGAAAUUUUCUUUAAAAUAUUGUUAAAAAAACAUUAAUAAAAAAUAAUGAAUAAAAAAUAAACUCUUAUAAUCAGUCAUCCAGCUGCAUUCUCUUUAUAUAUAUGUAUAUAUAUAUAUAAAGUACACAGAAAUAUUAAAAAAAAUUAU